AUGACGGACUCGAAGUACUUCACCACCACGAAGAAAGGGGAGAUAUUUGAGCUGAAAGCCGAACUCAACAGCGACAAGAAGGAGAAGAAGAAGGAGGCUGUGAAGAAGGUGAUAGCAUCCAUGACUGUCGGCAAAGACGUCAGCGCUCUCUUCCCGGACGUGGUGAACUGCAUGCAGACAGACAACCUGGAGCUGAAGAAGCUGGUCUACCUCUACCUGAUGAACUACGCCAAGAGCCAGCCGGACAUGGCCAUCAUGGCAGUCAACACCUUCGUGAAGGACUGUGAGGACCCAAACCCUCUGAUCCGGGCUCUGGCUGUGCGGACCAUGGGCUGCAUCCGCGUGGACAAGAUAACGGAAUAUCUCUGUGAGCCCCUGCGGAAGUGCCUGAAGGACGAGGACCCUUACGUGCGCAAGACAGCAGCCGUCUGCGUGGCGAAGCUCCACGACAUCAAUGCCCAGCUGGUGGAAGACCAGGGCUUCCUGGACACCCUUAAGGACCUCAUCUCGGACUCCAACCCCAUGGUAGUGGCCAACGCAGUAGCGGCUCUCUCGGAAAUAGCAGAGUCCCACCCGAGCAGUAACCUUCUGGACCUCAACCCCCAGUCCAUCAACAAGCUGCUCACGGCCUUGAACGAGUGCACCGAGUGGGGCCAGAUCUUCAUCCUGGACUGCCUGGCAAACUACAUGCCCAAGGAUGACCGGGAAGCCCAGAGCAUUUGCGAGCGGGUGACGCCCCGGCUGUCCCAUGCCAACUCGGCGGUGGUGCUCUCGGCGGUGAAGGUGCUGAUGAAGUUCAUGGAGAUGCUGUCGAAGGACUUGGAUUAUUACGGCACGCUGCUAAAGAAGCUGGCCCCGCCGCUGGUCACCCUGCUCUCCGCAGAGCCCGAGCUGCAGUACGUGGCUCUCCGCAACAUCAACCUCAUCGUGCAGAAGAGGCCCGAGAUCCUGAAACACGAGAUGAAGGUUUUCUUUGUCAAGUACAAUGACCCCAUCUACGUCAAACUGGAGAAACUGGACAUCAUGAUCCGCCUGGCUUCCCAGGCCAACAUUGCUCAGGUGCUGGCAGAGCUGAAGGAGUACGCCACGGAGGUGGACGUGGACUUUGUAAGGAAGGCGGUUCGAGCCAUCGGCCGCUGUGCCAUCAAGGUGGAGCAAUCGGCCGAGCGCUGUGUCAGCACCCUGCUUGACCUCAUCCAGACCAAAGUCAACUACGUGGUGCAGGAAGCCAUUGUCGUCAUCAAGGACAUCUUUCGCAAGUACCCCAACAAGUAUGAGAGCGUGAUUGCCACCCUCUGCGAGAACCUCGACUCCCUGGAUGAGCCCGAGGCCCGGGCUGCCAUGAUCUGGAUCGUGGGAGAGUACGCUGAGCGGAUCGACAAUGCCGACGAGCUGCUGGAGAGCUUCCUGGAGGGCUUCCACGACGAGAGCACCCAGGUUCAGCUGCAGCUGCUGACGGCCAUUGUGAAGCUGUUUCUGAAGAAGCCCACCGAGACGCAGGAGCUGGUGCAGCAGGUGCUGAGCCUGGCCACGCAGGACUCCGACAACCCCGACCUGCGGGAUCGCGGCUACAUCUACUGGCGCCUGCUCUCCACCGACCCCGUGGCUGCCAAGGAGGUGGUGCUGGCGGAGAAGCCCCUCAUCUCCGAAGAGACAGAUCUGAUCGAGCCGACGCUCCUGGAUGAGCUGAUCUGCUACAUCGGGACGCUGGCCUCCGUCUAUCACAAACCUCCCAGCGCCUUCGUGGAGGGGAGCAGAGGGGUCGUGCACAAGAGCUUGCCCCCGCGAACGGGCUCGAGCGAGAGUGCCGAGAGCCCCGACACAGCUCCCUCAGGGGUGCAGGCAGCGGAGCAGCCGGCCGUCAUCCCCCCUCCGUUGAGCGGGCCUCCCAUCGCCACCUCCUCCGUGCAGAUGGGCGCCGUGGACCUCCUCGGAGGUGGCUUGGACAGCCUGAUGGGGGACGAGUCGGAAGGGAUGGGCGGCGGCGGCAGCUUCGCACCAGCGCCCAGCACCGCGAUGCCCGCAAACCUGGGGGCACCCCUCGGCAGCGGCCUGGGAGACCUCUUUGACCUCACUGGUGGGGUGGGGACCCUGUCGGGAUCCUACGUGGCACCCAAAACGGUCUGGCUCCCUGCCAUGAAAGCCAAGGGGCUGGAGAUCUCCGGCACCUUCAGCCGGCAGGUGGGCUCCAUCUCCAUGGACCUCGUGCUAACAAACAAGGCUCUGCAGGUCAUGUCCGACUUUGCCAUCCAGUUCAACCGUAACAGCUUCGGCCUGGCCCCGGCAGCUCCUCUCCAGGUCCACGCUCCUCUCGCCCCCAACCAGUCCGUGGAGAUCUCCCUUCCGCUGAACACCGUCGGCUCUGUCAUGAAGAUGGACCCCCUGAACAAUCUCCAGGUCGCGGUGAAAAACAACAUCGACGUCUUCUACUUCAGCACCCUGUACCCGCUGCAUAUCCUCUUCGUGGAGGACGGGAAGAUGGAGCGGCAGAUGUUCCUGGCCACUUGGAAGGACAUUCCCAACGAGAACGAGGCCCAGUUCCAGAUCAAAGACUGUUCUCUCAACGGCUGGCACGAGGCCGGUGCCAAGAGCGGAGCUUCAUCGGAGUUGUCCCUGAAAUGCCGAGCGCCGGAGGUGUCCCAGUAUGUCUACCAAGCCUACGAAACCAUCCUGAAGAACUAA